AUGCAUACAGACGUCGACCAGAGUGUCGACAUAUGGACGACAAUCGCACCGAAUGGCCAACAAUUGACAGUACAAUCAAACAGCGCCGACACCGACGACGACGAGCCCACAGUCGAGCCGACGGCCGCCGCCAACACUGACGCCGAGUCUAGCUUUUCGUUCACCAAAGAGUCAUACAAUGUGUCGAUUCCGGAGAACUCUUUCGGCAAAGUGUACGCCAUGUCUGACCAGAAGAUGGGAAUAUAUAUCACAGACCCGGCGCUCGUCGUCCGGUAUAAGAUAGUCGGCGGAGAUUUCGAUAAGAUAUUCAAAGCCGAGGCCAGACAUGUCGGCGACUUUUAUUUCCUAUUGAUUAGACUUCGGUCCGGAUUCACGAAUGUCCUCAACCGUGAAUACCGGUCCACAUAUGACCUCAGAGUUCGGGCGACCAUUACGUCCCUCCGAAACGACGCGCUUCGGCUGAAGACCAGAACCGGUGUGAGUGUUGUCAUCACAGAUCGCAACGAUUUGUCGCCCUUUUUCUACCCCGAGAGCUAUGAAGUGAGUGUCGCCGAAGAUAUUCCUAUCGACAGCAGUAUUAUUAGAGUUUCGGCCGUCGAUCCGGACGUCGGACUUAACGGCGAAAUCUAUUAUAGUUUGGCAGAAGAGUCGCUCACAUUUGCCGUUCACCCGACGAUGGGUAUAGUGUCGGCCGCCCGACCCCUCCUCACACUCCUAUCCGACUCGAAUCGACCGCAAAACUAUCACUUAAUAGAACACCGUCGGGCGCCACUCAACCCGAUCUUAGCCGUCCUCCACGUGACGGACGACGAUUACGGCUCUUUCGGCACUAUAUGUCACGUUAGUAUUGUUGACGGCGACGAUCACCACUUGUUCACUGUCACCAACUCUUCGUCCAAUGAUUACAACAUUGAACUCGUGAGGCCUUAUUUGAACGAAACUGCCAUCACUUCUGUGUAUAAUCUAAUCGUGAAAGCGAUAGACUGUGGCGGAGGGUUCGCAACGCAACCCAUUGUUCUCACAUUAAGUAACGCUAAAUCUGUUCCCAAAUUUGAUUCCGACUAUAUAAUCAAUGGUGUGGUCUUCACGCGGCAGCCGUUAGACAGAGAGACGCAAAACAAAUACUUGUUAGUCAUCGGCGCUCAGAUCGACUCGACCCGAGCGACCAAAACUCAGCUUCAUAUCAAUGUGAUGGACGACAACGACAACUAUCCCGUCUUCAACAUCGAAAAGACUCAAAUCUCAAUCGCUGUCAAUGAGAACAAACCGAACGGAUCGACAGUCUUCCGCAUCACGGCGUCGGACGCCGACUCGGGCGACAACGGACUCGUCACCUACGAGUUGACGUCCGCCACCGGCGCCUCAUUGCCCUUCAUUAUCGAUCAUUCCAGCGGUGAAAUCAAAUCCAUUAAGACACUGGACUACGAGUCGGGUCCGCAUCACUUCCAACUACUUAUCCGGGCUUCCGAUUGGGGCGAACCCUUCCGACGGCAGACACAAAUCGGCCUCAAUCUGACGCUGAAGGAUGUGAACGAUCACAGACCACAGUUUGAGAAGAACAACUGCAGCGCAAACAUUCCCAUCACCACAAAGCCAUACACAGAGAUUAUGACUUUCUCUGCCAUAGAUCUCGAUGAGGGAAGUGUUGUGUUGUAUAAGAUGUUUACGCCGAGCGCUGAGAAAUGCUUUAAUCUGAACGAAAAUACGGGUAUUUUAAGACUUACGUGCAAUUUGAAGGACGAGUUAUCCAAGAGCUCAGGCCCUGACCUUAUGAAUUGGACGCUAUCCAUAUCGGCCACCGAUGGCCACUAUUUCUCCGACACCUCAUACGUGAAAAUCAUUGUCGUCGACGAGAAUCAGAUAAUUGACGGCAACAAGAAGUCGCCGAAGAAUCACAUUAGAGUCGAGUGCAAUGAUUUAGCGGUCGCUCAGAAGUUGACGGCAUUUAUGAUCCAAAGACAGCAGGAAAAUGAUGUUCAGUACGACUCGUUUGAAAACUUUUUGACGGAUGAAUCCGUCGAUAAUCUCAUCAAACAUAAGAAUAAAAGACCAGAAUUUGAUCAAAACGUUCCGAAAGAGAUAUAUAUUCCCGAAAACAUUGAAAAGGGAACCAAAAUCACGUCAUUGAAAGCCGAAGAUCCGGAUCACGGAUUUGAUGGAUAUGUGAUCUAUUCGUUGAAUUUACACGACAGACAUAAUAGGAGUCAUUAUAACCACGACGUGGUCUUCAAUAUCGAUCAGUUGACGGGAGAUCUGGUUGUGAUCGACGCUCUUGACUACGAAAGGCAUUCCAAAUAUAAGCUACACAUCAGUGCCUGUGAUUUGGCUAAAGAACAGCUCUGUUCUAACCAUACCAUUGUUGUGGUCAUUGAAGAUGUCAACGACAACGCGCCUGUUGUCGACAACUUUGCAUUUAAUGUAUCAGAAUCUGCUUCCAAAGGCUAUAUAAUCGGACAAAUCUUUGCUACCGAUGAGGACUACGGCAACAAUGCUUUACUUCAAUACUCUUUGAAGGGAUACGAAAACUUGUUUGCAAUCAAUGCUAUUAACGGAACGCUUACUCUUGAGAACAGUUUGGACAGAGAAGUGAUUGAUAAGUAUAUUCUUUACGUUACUGUACACGACUCGGGCUCUCCUUCUCUAUCGUCCACAUCUAUGAUCACCAUUUAUGUCGACGACGUCAACGAUAAUCCGCCUCUUUUUCACGAGACCUCUUAUGUGAUUAAAGUGCGCGAAGAUAUGCCCAUCGGUUCCAGAAUUAUGAAAAUAAUUGCUUUCGAUGGCGACGAAGGAAAGUCUGGCAAAAUUCACUACACUAUUGAUAGCACUGUCUUCUCAAUCGAUGAAAUGACUGGAAAUAUCCGAAUUCGGGAACAAUUAGACUUUGAGAGGAUUCAGAUCUACAAUCUAUCGGUUACGGCCAGAGAUGAAGGCGAGCCGUCACUAACUUCUAUCGCAUGUGUUAUCGUUGAAGUGGAAGACGUGAAUGAGAACUAUUAUCCGCCAAAAUUCUCUGACAUCGUCGCCACUGCAACCGUACGCGAGAACUCACCCUUAAAUACUUUUGUCACUCAAGUAAAAGCUGUCGAUGAGGACAGCGAUCUUCCGGUUGUCUACCAGAUCAUAGGCGGUGACGGUUUGGGAAGAUUUACGAUCGACAACAACGGCAACGUUCAUACGGCAGCUGUUCUCGACUGUCUCUGGUUAGGAGUGAUAACCGAUUUACUUUUGCUAAAUGGCGGCGAAUGCCGGCUUGCCUUCUAUUACACCCGUAUUCUGGAGAACGCCUCCAUUGGGACCAAUAUAGUGAAAGUGGAAGCACACGAUCCCGACCUCAACUCAGAGACUGACACCAAAAUUGCGUUCAGAAUCUUAAACGACGUGCCCUUUACUAUCGACGCCGACGGUGUGAUUGACACGAAAGACAAACUCGACAAAGAAACGCAAUCACGUUAUGUGAUUGAUCUCGAAGUUAGUGAAGAGCAUAACACCGAUUCCGAGGACGCGGUGACGACGACAAUGAUAUCGCGAACACCUAUUAUAGUGAAUGUGAUUGAUGUGAACGAAUACGAGCCCAAAGCCAUACUCUCGAUAUACAGGUGUCAGGCAUAUAACGACAUCUCACAGAAGACACCUAUUUGUCAAAUCGUGGCGAGCGAUAGGGACGACGACGAGAACUGUGUGCUUCAGUAUAAGUUCAUUGAAGGCAAUGACUACGACUGGUUCGCUAUCAACCCGUCCAGUGGUGCCAUUCAUACCACGAAAGACGGAAUACCAAAAGGAGAAUACGAUUACAUCAUAUCUGUGUCCGAUUGCGGAACGCCUCACAAGUCAUCGCAGGUUCGGCUCAUAAUACGGAUGUUAUCGCCUAAUAAAGAGCGAACUGAAAACAACCCGCCAGUGAUCGAGUCCUUUGAUUCGGAGAUAUCGAUCAGUGAACGCGAAUCCAUUGGAUAUGCCGUCACUUUGUUUAAGGCUUCGGACGACGAUAACGAUCGCCUCUGUUAUCAUAUAAUUGACGGCAAUAUUGGCAAUACGUUUGCCUUCAGAGACGGCGGAGCGCUGAUUGUGGCGAAACCGUUGUCGUCUAAAAUGGCCAUCAGAUAUAAUUUGACGAUAUCUAUCACCGAUGGAAUCAAACCAGUGAUCGUUAAUCUGAUAAUCAAUUUGAUUGAUGUUUACGACGAUAAGGUUGUGUUCAUUGAAGACAGUUAUACCGUCAAUGUGUUGGAGAACAUCACGAAAGGCAGCGAAAUCUUGCAGAUGAGUGUCUCGGACAGAGAGUUGACCGACGGUAUAGUGUUCUCUAUAUAUUCCUCGUACUCUCCCGAGAGUCUCAAGAAGUUUGAAGUCGAGUCGUGGAGCGGAAAAAUCAAAAUCAAAGAACCGCUGGAUUACGAGUCGGGAAAACAUCAUAUGCUUGUCAUCGAAGCGAGUAAUUCACGUGUGAAGACAUCCAUUCAACACAACCGUUCGUUCGCAAAGGUUUCCAUUAAUAUAAUUGAUGUGAACGACGAAACCCCGACUUUCAUUUCGCCCCAAUUCGAGGCCACAGUUGUCGAGACCUCUGCCAUCGGGACGUCUGUCCUGCAAGUGUUGGCCAUCGAUAGAGACGUCGGAAAUAACGCUAAAAUUAAUUACUCGAUUAUAUCAGGCAAUAUUGACAGUGUGUUCGACAUCGACAAAGAUCUCGGAUUUGUUUAUUUGUCGAAACCGUUGAACGCGAGACAACAGUCGGAGUACUAUCUUGUGAUUAAAGCGACAGAUAAGGGGUCGCCUCCUCUGUCCAGUACUGCCAACGUUCACAUUUCGGUCAGUAUUCCGGAUAACUCUCCGCCAAAAUUUGAAGAGAAACAGUAUUCAAUUGAUAUCAACGAAAACGCAAAGACCGGAACUGUUGUGAUCUCAUUGAAGGCCACGAGUAAACAAUCGCUUUAUUUUGAGAUAAUUAGUGGCAAUAAUGACAAUAAAUUUUCUAUAAAUGUAAAUAACGGUGAGGUUUGGGUGAGGGAUGCGCUCGACUUUGAAGUGAAACAGAACUAUUCGCUCACUGUUUCGGCCACGAGUUUAGUCGGCAUCAACGACACGACACAUCUCUACAUAAAUGUGAUAGACGUCAACGAUUGCACACCUUAUUGGCCACAAGACGUGUUUGUCGGUCACAUCUUAGAGUCGGCUCCGAUCGGCAGUAUUAUAUCGGACGACAAAGACUCGCCUCUUGUGGUGAAAGCCAAAGAUAAUGAUUCUAUGCAUAACUCGAUUCUCGUGUACUCUAUCGUGGAAGAGAUGGGCCGCAAGUACUUUGCAAUAGAGCCACAAACCGGUGCCAUAACUCUCGCCCGACGUAUAGAUUACGAGAAGCGAAAGGAAUUCAAUUUCACGAUAUCUGUCAGUGAUCUCGGAUUCCCGAGCCUUAAGGCAGUGACCAAUGCUUUCGUAAGAAUAGAAUGUCUUCCGGUUAACGACUGUCCGCCAGUCCUCUCAUUAACUCACUAUCACUCGACUCUUUUGCUUCCAACCUAUAAGGAUGUGAUCGUCACUAAGAUAUCCGCCACUGACUGUGAUUACGGCAAACACGACGAGAAUCACAAUCACUUUAUCUUCAGUUUGACUCCAAUAACAAUGUCUUCCGAAAAGAAAUUCUCCAUUAAUUCGACGUCCGGUUUGAUUACAACAUCCGAUGACAGGCUGUCUGAGGGUCUGUACGAGAUGUUUGUCUCCGUAUUUGACGGCAAAUUUACAACAGAGGCAAAAGUGUCGAUCACUGCCGAACAGAUACCGCGAAGUUCUUUGCGUUUCACUCACGAGCGGUUUGUGGGACACAUCACCGAAAACACACAAUCAGUGAAGACUAUACUAAUGCCGACCAUUGAGGGCAACAAAUUGAACGAACACUUGUCCUUCCGAAUCCUGAACCCAACCAAUCUGUUCCGUAUCGCCAGAACUUCGGGCGCUAUUCUCUCGCGCGGUAUUCCCAUCGAUAGGGAGGAGAAGUCGCGGUUUGAGCUCGUGAUCGAAGUGCGUUCAAUUCACGGGUCGCCCACUGAAAUCAACACUAGUCGAGCGCAAGCCAUCGAUCUGGACGUUGGUUAUAACGGAAUGGUCACCUAUUCUAUACUAUCGGGCGAUCCAAACAAACUCUUCUCUAUUAACACCGACAAUGGAUAUAUAUCAAUGGCCCGAUCGGCCAAUACGGCCAACGAUCCACUUAAUUAUAAUUUACUUAUUUCUGCCAAAGAUUCUGGCUCUGUUGCCCUCGAAUCGCAAGCGAACGUCACAAUAAAGAUGGUCUCCGGAGGAAUGCCUUUAUUCAAACAACAGUAUUAUUCAGUGCCUCCAUCCUCUUUAGUUGUGAUCAAUGUGGAGGACAUGAACGACAACAAGCCUUUAUUCGUGGGUCAGCCCUACUAUUUGGUGUUCAACACAGACUACGCGGCCGGAACUCAGAUUGGUCGAGCGCAAGCCAUUGAUCUGGACGUUGGUUAUAACGGAAUGGUCACCUAUUCUAUACUAUCGGGCGAUCCAAACAAACUCUUCUCUAUUAACACCGACAAUGGAUAUAUAUCAAUGGCCCGAUCGGCCAAUACGGCCAACGAUCCACUUAAUUAUAAUUUACUUAUUUCUGCCAAAGAUUCUGGCUCUGUUGCCCUCGAAUCGCAAGCGAACGUCACAAUAAAGAUGGUCUCCGGAGGAAUGCCUUUAUUCAAACAACAGUAUUAUUCAGUGCCUGUGAUUGAGAGCCAUCCGCCUUCUGUGCCCUUUCUGACAAUCAAUGCCGACAGUCCUCACGGAAGACAACUUAUAUACAGUAUUGUGUCGGGCAAUGAAAACGAAGAAUUCUCGCUUGACUUCAAUUCAGAUCCGACGAUUAGUAGCGGUAUGAUUUCGGUUAUCGAGAAACUCGAUCGCGAAUCCAUCAGUCAAUACAAUCUAAUCAUUUCUGGCACCGAUUCUGUGUCUGGAGUGAGCGCUACCGUUCCUCUACUUAUUACCGAAUCUAAUGCCAUAUUCUCGGUGUGUUUUGCAGUGGAAGACGCCAACGACAAUCCACCCAUGUUUACAAAGUUCUCAUAUAAUGUCUCGGUCUCUGAGUCGGCGCCCAUUGGCGCUAAUGUGGUGAGAGUGAGUGCCACCGAUGCCGACAUCGGUUUGAACGCUAAACUUCAGUAUCAGAUUCUGGGAAAUAAGUCCCACUUUUAUGUGUCUCCCGAUGACGGCAAUAUAUAUCUGAAGACAAAUCUCGAUCACGAGACCGAACGCGUCCAUCACUUCACUGUUAUGGCCACUGAUUACGGGUCACCGGUUCUCACGUCGACCGCUCACGUGUGGGUCGAGGUGUUGGACGUCAACGAUAAUAAGCCAAUAGUUUCGCCCUCUUUUAUGGCCACUAUUGACGAGAACAUAGAAAAGGGAGGUUUUGUGACCAGAAUUGUGGCCAACGAUCCCGACUCCAGCGAUAUAUAUAAAUUGCGGUUCAGAAUACUGUCGGGCAAUGAAAACAUGGCAUUUGCUAUGAAUGAUACGUCAGGUGUGGUCACCGUUUCAAAUCUCAACUCAAGGCGAUCCACAAAAAUGAACAAAAUCUAUGACUUAAACAUAUCAGUGAAUGACGGCGUCUAUUCCACCACAACUAGUCUUCGGGUAACAGUAAAGCCCGCGAACAACAACUCUCCCAAAUUCAACCGCAUCUUCAAUAAUGUGGCCAUAAGUGAGUUGACGGCAACCGACACAUCAAUCGCACAAUUAAUUGCCACCGAUAGAGACGACGGCCCUUACGGUCAUCUCAGUUAUCACAUCAUCAAUGAUAACGCCAAACGAUAUUUCAAUAUUGACUCGCAUUCGGGAAAUAUUACCCUUCGGUCUGAAUUGGAUCGAGAGAGCGGUCAGCGGCUGUUUUGGCUGACUGUGGCCGCACAGGACGGCGGCAAACGUAUCGGUCUCUCCAAUCUUCGUGUGGCGAUUACAGACGAGAACGACAACUCUCCCCGUUUUAUUGUCGACGAAUACAAAUCAGUGAUUUGCGCCAACGCUCCGAUCGGCGUAACGGUUCUGCCGGUGAUGGCUGUGGAUGACGACGACUUUCCCGAGAAUACACUCAUUCGGUACUCAAUAUAUGAGUCACAGAACACGAGUCGACCGACAGGUUAUAUACUGGAUAUGUUUGGCAUCACUGCAGACACGGGUCACGUCUACACCAAAAAGAAUCUGAGCGCUAAUGUCGGAGAUAUCAUCCAAUUCUUCGUGAAAGCCAGUGAUGGCAGUAAUCGCAAGACAACCAAGUCGUUGGAAGACGUGGUUCCGGUGAGUAUUCAAAUCACCGGUUCGUGUCCUUUCGUCAAACGCCAGACCUCUGUGUACGAGAUAUUUGUGGACGAAAACACCAAAAGGGGAACAGUUAUAGCGAAUGUCAAUUUGGCGGGACUUAAAGAAGUGGAACUCGCGAUCGUCGGCUUCGGCGAUAAGUCGGACGCCACUAAAUUCCGGAUCGACAAACUCGGAAGAAUACAUCUGACGGAACAGUUGGACAGAGAGACCAAAGCCAAACAUACGCUGACAGUGGAAGUGAAGGAUAAGAUUACUCUUGUCAUCAGUUAUCUGAAUAUUCUGAUCAAUGUUAUGGACCAAAACGAUUGUAUCCCGUAUUUCGACUCUUCGUCGUACAGUGCGGUCAUCUCCGAAGACCAAGAGAUCGGUUCAUCCAUUAUGAAAGUGAAUGCCAUCGACGGUGACGUCGAUGUGGCCAACAAUGCGCUGAAGUAUAGCCUAAAGGAUACCGACAACGGAAUGUUUAGUAUAGACGAGAACACGGGUUGGAUUACAUUAACCAAGAGAUUGGAUCGCGAAAAGAGAUCCUCACAUAAUCUGACAGUUGGUGUAACGGAUGGCACUCAUUACAACUCAACCCCUUUUAACAUUGAGGUCUACGAUGUCAACGAUAAUCAGCCGAUUGUUAAUCAGAAUUACAUGGCUUCCAUCUACGAGAACAGUCCAUUGGGAAUGAUUAUAGUGUCAGUCGAUGCCAUAGAUUACGAUCAAAACACUGAACUCAGUUAUUAUAUAUUGAGCGGCGAUUCGUUCAAUCAAUUUGAUAUCCGACAAAACGGAGAGAUUAUUGUCAGCAAAGCGUUGGACAGGGAAUCGAUCGAAACAUACGAUUUGGAGAUUGUUAUAACAGACGGACGUUUUGCCACUAAAACUAUGGUUACGAUUGAUAUUUUGGAUAUCAACGAUAACGGACCCAUUUGUCUGAAAUCAAAGUACGUUGAGUUAGUGAGCGAAGCGGUCCCUCCGAGCACUUACAUUCUGACCGUUGAGGCCACGGAUGUGGACGAAGGCGAUAACGCGAAGCUUUAUUACUUUAUCUCCGGCGAUGCGGAGAAACACUUUGCAAUUGAUCCCCAAUCGGGUCAUCUCAAGACCAAGAGCUUACUCGACAGAGAAAGCCGCGCCUCAUAUCUGUUUGACGUGCAUAUCAGUGAUGAUAAACGGAGGGACUGGACGUGUAAGAGUGAAGUGGAGAUAUUGCUCAGUGAUGUGAACGACGAAUCGCCCAAAUUCUCCAACACUUACUAUUCGGUUAACGUUCCCGAAGACUCGACGGUCGGUAUCAUCAUCGGUAAAGUGACGGCCACUGACGCCGAUCUGGGAAUCAAUCGGAGAGUGCGUUACGCUCUUCUCACCGAAACCAAAGAGUUUGAAAUCGACGACAGGAAUGGUAUCAUUCGUUUGGCGAAGACUUUGGACAGAGAGACCCAAUCAACGUAUAAUCUGACGCUCAAAGCGUACGAUUCGGGCGCUUCGCAGCUCUUCUCGACCGCCAAUUUCAUCGUAAACGUGAUGGACAUCAACGAUAACGCGCCUGAAUUUGAAAUGCAGUCCUAUUCCGGGAAUCUCUCCGAAAGCGCUUCAGUCGGCGACGAAGUGCUCAAAGUGUACGCCACGAGUAAAGACACGGGAAUUAACGCCGAAAUCAAGUAUCACUUCUUGAGUGGCAACGAAAACGGAAGCUUUUAUAUUCACCCGAAGUCUGGCAUUAUAUCAGUGGCCAAAGGACUCGAUUACGAAACGGUUCGCGAAUACUUCAUGACUGUUAGGGCCGAAGACGGAGGCAUUCCUUCCCUUUCUAGCGAAGCUCACGUAACCAUUCGUGUCACUGAUAUCAAUGAUAUCAGCCCUCAGUUUGUUCAGCGCUCGUACGAUAUUGUCAUUCGCGAAGACUCUGUGAUUGGCGACCGAAUCAUACAAUUGGUGGCCAUUGACUCGGAUUCGGCCGAAAACGCGAACCUCAGCUAUUCAUUCACCGGCGGUUCCCAAACAUACAAAGAAUUUCAAAUCGAUGCCAUCUCUGGCAUCAUAACUGUGGGCAAGGGUUUAGACCGGGAGAUGAUCUCAUCCUAUAUUCUUGAGGCCGUUUGCAAUGAUAACGGAAACCCUAAACCCCUUUCGAGUUCUGUGUUUGUAAACAUCGAGAUAUCGGACGCUAACGACAAUCCGCCACUUUUUGACAAAACUAAUUACACAAUGUAUGUCCAGGAGGGCCGACCCACCGGUCACUCUAUCGUCAACUUCAAUAUACAGGACGGCGACAGCGCCGCCAAUUCCGGUCCCUUUACUCUCAAACUAUUAUCCAGUGAUUAUAAUAACAGCUUUUCAUUGGUCAACGAAGACACCUCUUUGCGCACUAACACUGUGUUUAACCAUUCAUUGGAAUCCAAUUAUUCGCUCACAAUUUUGGUGACAGACUCGGGAACCCCUCCCCUAAACUCGACGACAUCUGUACUCGUUUUGGUGACACAAGAGCCCAGAAUUCCACCCCAAUUGAGUCAUCUGUCAAUUGUGGUCAACUCUUUGGAACAAUUUCCCGGUGGAAUCAUUGGUCAGGUGAGCGCCACAGAUGACGACCCCUUCGAUAAACUGAGUUAUGCCAUCACUCAAGAGGACGACAGACACUUAUUCUCCAUUGACUCGACUGACGGCACUUUAGUUGCCUUUCCCGGACUCGACGCCGGAAAGUAUAAGAUUAAUAUAACGGUCAGCGAUGGGAAGUACUUGACCUAUGGUUUGAUUGAUUUGGAAGUCUCUGUCAUUACCGAUGAUAUGAUCGAAAACAGUGUUGUCGUUGAGUUGAGAUCGAUAUCUGUAAAGGAAUUUAUAACCAAUUAUAAAAAGACAUUUAUACGAGUCAUGAAAAAUGUAUUCAAUGUCCGAAUGAAAGACAUUAUAAUAAUCAGUAUUCAACCGACGGAUCACAAGAAUCCAAACAACAGACUUCGAAGAAGUCACGAGAAUUUGGGUGACAUUAGUGUUCUGUUUGUGGUCUCAAGAACUCGAGGCGGAUAUUACUCGAGACAAUGGAUCAAAACGAAAGUGGCUGAGAGUAAGGUCGGCAUUGAGAAACAGUUGGGUAUUCUGUUGGAGGACUUUAUACUGAAGUCCGAGUGUCAGCACAUCCACUGUAAACACGGCGAGUGUCGCGACGAACUCAUACUUAGCGAAAACGAUGUCAUCUCUAUUGUGAGCCCUAAACUCAGUUUCGUGUCGCCAUUCCAUGAGCACCGAUACGGCUGUGCCUGUCAUCCGGGCUUUGGCGGCAAACUAUGCGAAAUGAUAGUCAAUGAAUGCGCCAGAAAUCCGUGUCCGUCCUUCAAAGAGUGUCUACCGGUGUCGUCGCCGUUGGGCUAUCUCUGUCAAUGUCCUUUCGGCAAAUCAGGUCCCGUUUGCAAUCAAAACGCCGAGACCUGUCAUAACAGCGAUCGCGACGUUUCCUUUUGUUACGAAGAACUGAAUCCCAUCUCAUUUCAGGGCAAUUCAUACGCCAGAUAUUCCUUUCACAAGAAGGUCGAGAAGAUAUCGUUACGUUUUAAGAGUCAACAAUUGAGGGCUAAUAUAUUCACUCAAAGUGGCGACAAAUCCUAUAAUAUUCUUGAGAUCGCCGGCGGAUAUAUUCAGUAUCGGUUUGACUGCGGAAACGGCGAGGGAUUGAUAAGAAUAGAGAAUUUAGUGAUAAGUGAUGGCAAAUGGCAUGAGAUUCUUGUCGAGAGGAAGAGUAACACCGCAUCCCUAACAUUGGACCGCAAAUACAGAGGCGGAGGCUUUGCGCCGGGAAUUGUGGGCUGUCUUGAUCUCAGCGUUGAUCUAUUCUUUGGCGGUUCAGUCAAACCGCGUUCCAAUUCUAUCGGUGGUGAAGAGAUAACUCUGGGAUUCAUUGGAUGUCUCGACAAUAUUCUCAUUAAUGGCCAACAAAUUCCACUACAUAUGGCAUCUGUUUCAUCGGCAGCUGUUUUAAAGACAUUAGCGAACGUAGAGUUCAGUUGUAAUUUCAAAGCCGAUGUCGGCAUUUGUAAGUCUCAGCCGUGUCUGAAUGGCGGGACGUGUCAUAAUCUUGUCAACGGUUCCUAUCAAUGCGUUUGUGUCGGCCCUAAGUAUAGGGGAGUUAACUGUGAAAUAGAUAUGAGUCCCUGCGAUACCAUUCCGUGUCUGAACGGAGGUCUCUGUCGUCACGACGAAGCCCUUUGCCGGACAGGAGUGACCAACUGUUAUAAAUGCGAGUGCGGACCCAGUUUUACGGGUUUGAACUGUCAGGUGCCGCGAUUCUGUGCGCCUAAUCUAUGCAAAAACGGUGGAGUUUGCGAAGAGACAAGUUUAGGGCCCAAAUGUCACUGCCAUCAGGGAUGGCACGGCCUCUACUGCCAGUACGACAUCGACGAGUGCCAGCUCUCCACUCCUGUGUGUAUGAGUCCGGCCACGUGUAUCAACCUUCCGGGCACUUUCCGGUGCAUCUGUCCCGUCAACAGUACCGGCAUCUCGUGCACCGGCGACGGCCUCUACGCCACAAACAUCAUAUCAUCUCAAUUGCACAUAACCUUAGAUGAGAUAAUAGGCAUCUUAAUCGUGUUGUCGGUGUUGGCCAUCACUGGCUUUAUAUUCGCCAUUUGUAUGAAAUGCAAAAACAAGUCACAAACGCACAGAACUGCCAACAAUAGGGAUCAAAACCAACGAUUACUUAAGAACAAUGACAUUAACGUGAAUUUGAAACGAUACUCAAAAAUGAGUAAUUUUGAAAUGAGUAGUCAAUCGAGUAAACCAUUCCUCAACCAAAGACCCACUUCUUGUGCGGAUCCGCUCCAAACGCUCAACAACUUCAACGAAGACCGCUCUGGCGAUGAGUUGGAGACAAACAUCUGCACAGAAAACUUGCGGCAAAACUUUACUAAGAAAAACGCUCCGAUCGCUAGUGUUUCGCCACAAAUGAUUGAAUCAAAUUCAAAGUCUAUCGCAAAAGACUCUAAAAAGCAAAUCAAAAUACUUAAUGAUGCUAAGCCAUCGACGUGUAAGGCAUCCACACCUCCAACGAGGGUCUCUUUCGGUGACUCCGAUUCAAACGUCUUCACUGAAGAGCAAUCAAACGUAUCCUUAACUAACUCUCAGAACGCCGACGGUUACCAUUGGGACAGUUAUGAUUUGGCCCAAUCCGACAAUAAACCCAUUUCUCCAAAUUUGUUUGAGGUCUCAGUCAAUGAAAUCCAUGACUUGGAGUCCAAUUCAGACAACAGUCAAAUAGAGCUUUCAUGUAAUGGUUCUCAAGAGCGGGCGUUCGCCGAACGGGACGUCAGUCAAGAGAAUUCGCCGCUUCUUUGCCGAAGUCAAGAGAUUAACGAAGAGAUUCCGUUCGCCGACACAUCGGAGCCCUCGUCUCCGCAAAAGUAUCUCAAUCUAUAUCUUCCGAAUCUGUCGGACAACGAGUGGAGUAAUAAUAAGCGUAAGAAUAUACUGACCUAUACUUCGACGACAGACUCUCUCGCGGAUAAUAUCAACGUCGAAGAGGAGACGUCUAAAGUAGACAAAGAUUGCAAUAAUGGCUGCGAUUUAGACGAGAGUGAGUGCGAAGAGUUUGACGAAUCAAAUCAACAAUCAACUUAUGUUUAGACUAUUUCUGAC